CGAGAGGACAGCCAUAAGUUCGAGUUCGGACGCAUCAAAGCUCUUCAAGAGGAGAGACUUCAUAUCCAGAAGAAGACGUUCACAAAAUGGACCAAUUCUUUCCUCCAGAAGGCCCGUCUGGAAGUGGACGACAUAUUCACAGACCUAUCGGACGGCAAAAAUCUACUCAAACUUUUAGAAAUAAUAAGCGGAGAAAAGCUCGGAAAACCAAAUAAUGGCAAAAUGCGAGUCCAUAAGAUUGAAAACGUCAACAAAAGUUUGGCUUUCCUUCACACAAAGGUUCGACUCGAAAGUAUCGGAGCCGAGGAUAUAGUAGACGGCAAUAAGAGGCUCAUAUUGGGUCUUCUCUGGACUAUUAUCCUUCGCUUCCAAAUCCAAGACAUUGAGAUACAAGUGGAUGAGGAAAGCUCGGAGAAAAAGCACGCAAAAGAGGCUCUACUUCUUUGGUGUCAACGCAAAACCUCUGGCUAUCCAUAUGUGGACGUCCGAGACUUCACGCAGAGCUGGCGGUCGGGAAUGGCCUUCAAUGCCCUCAUUCACGCCCAUCGACCAGACCUUAUAAACUAUAACGCCUUAAACCCUAAUAAUCCGAUCGAUACGCUGAACAAUGCCUUCGAUGUCGCACAAAGAGAUUUAGGCGUUUCUAAGCUGUUGGACGCCGAAGACGUGGACACCGCAAAACCCGACGAGAAGUCUGUGUUGACAUACGUGUCCUCAUAUUACCACACAUUUGCCAAAAUGAAUAGUGAGAUGAAAGGCGGCCGAAGGAUCGCGAAUAUAGUCGCACAACUGAUUGAUGUGGAUCGACAUCAACUGAAUUAUGAAAUGUUUACCACGAAUUUACUCAAUUGGAUCCAAAUGAAGAUCAUUGAACUCGAAGACAGAACUCUGGCCAAUAGUUUGGAUGGAAUCCAAAAAGAAUUCCUUAAAUUCAAAGAAUACCGAACCGUUGAAAAGCCGCCAAAAUAUAAGGAGAGAUCCGAAAUCGAAGUCCUUUUGUUUAACAUUCAAACAAAAAUGAAGUCUUUGGGUCAACCGUUAUAUACACCACCAGAAGGCAAACUGGUUCAGGACAUCGAAAAGUCUUGGACUGCUCUCGAAAAGGCUGAAUACCGAAGAGAAGUGGUAUUACGGGAAGAGUUGUUACGAUUAGAAAAACUGGAAAACAUUGCGUUUAGUUUUGAACGCAAAAGUGUUUUAAGAGAAGGAUAUCUGAAAGAAAUGAUUCAAGUGUUAAGUGAUCCCCGAUAUGGGAGUAAUUUGACUCAAGUCGAGGCCACUGUUAAAAAACACGAAGCAAUCAGUGCCGACAUUCUGGCCCGAAGUGAGCGCUUUAAGAGCUUAACAGUGAUGGCACAGGAGUUGAUUGAUGGCAACUAUCACAGCAGUGAUGCCAUCAAACAAAGAGAACAAAACAUCGCCUUUCAAUGGCAACAACUCCUGGAUCUACUGCAACGACACCAAAAUAAUCUCAACACUGCCUCCAGUUUCAUGUCUUCUCUCAGAGAAGUCGAGACAAUAAGAAAUGAAAUCAAAGAAAUGGAGAAAAGUCUUACCUCUGAUGCCAACGUUGUUGUCAAUCACCUGUUGGCUGUCGAGGAUCUGCUCCAAAGACAUACACUAAUUGAAGCGCAUAUAUCAUCUCAGGGGGAGACCAUUCGUAAACUGAACAACAUUUCCACUAAUUUAAUGAAAAACGAUAAAAAACAAACAAUGAGUUCGGAUGCCAUUGAACUGAUUGGCAAAGAGGCACCACUUCUGGUCAAAGGGUUGGAGUCAUUGAAUAAUGAAUACUCGAAACUCAAAGAGUUAUCAAAACUGAAACGUUUGAAAUUAGAAGAACUUCGAGCUUAUUAUCAGUUCGUUCAGGACGUCGAAGAAGAAGAGGCGACUCUCAGUGAAAGACAACGCAUUUGUCAGGCAAUCCUUCCCUCUAAAGACCUGUUGGCAGUGAUUUCAUUACAGCAAAAGCACAGCGUUUUAGAGACAGAAAUCAAAGCCCAUAAAAACCGACUCAAGAAAGUGAUUGAUAGCGGAGAGCAACUGAUUGCUGCUAAACAUCCCGAAAGUGCGGACAUUAAGGUGAGGAUCGAGAGUCUGACCUCACAGUGGGAUAAACUCCACGAAUUGGCCGAUCAAAAGAGCAAACAAUUGUCUGACGCUAUGGAAGCGUUUCAAUACCACACCGACGCUAAUGAGGCGGAGUCGUGGAUGAAGGAGAAGAUGCAAUUAGUGACGUCCGAAGACUAUGGCAAAGACGAACCCUCAGCUCUGGCUCUUCUGCAAAGACAUUCGCGUCUGGAGAGUGAGAUCAGCGCCUAUGAGAAUGACAUCAAACGACUGAACACACAGUCCGACAAAAUGAUUAAAUCAGGAAUUGCUUCACUAUUUAUGAUAUGCGGCGACGCCUUCUCUGCGGCCACGGCUGCCGGCUCUGGAGAUACGGAUGAAGGACUCCACGUGCCAACUGAGGAAUGGGUCGACGAAUUGGUCGAAAAGGAGAUAAUUCAAGAAGUGGUCGAAGAGAUACGAAUCCCACAAGUGAUUGCUUUGUAUCCAUUCACAGGACAGGAGAACUUUGUUGUGGCAAAAGGAGAGCAUUUGGUUUUGCUUCAGAAGACCAACAAUGACUGGUGGAGUGUCCGCAAAGACAGGGAGAGGAAGGAUGGCUUCGUUCCCGCCAAUUAUGUCAAAGAAAUUGAGCCAAAAAUAAUCAAAAAACUCGUCAAAAAACCGAUAAAAGUUUGGGAAAAACAAAAAGUGAAGAAAUUUGUGAACCGAAAGCCUAUGAAAAAGACUAAAAGAAAUAGUAAGCGAAGGCUUAGUAUUAUUUGUGACGCCGAGAGUGUGGAGCAGAGGAAGAAGAAUAUCAACUCUUCGUUUGACGAGUUGACCGAAUCGUGUAAAAUAAGGCGACAAUACUUGGAGGACGCGAUCCAACUCUUCCGCUUCAAUCGUGAAUGCGAUGGAUUCGAGUCGUGGAUCAAAGACACAGAGACUGCGAUAAUAGACACGACACGUCUCUAUCAGCAACAGAAGAGCCAACAGCAGGAUCUCACGGAUCCCAUCGAGAAAUUGAGGAAAAAGUUUGAGAACUUUAUUACUGAACUGUCAGCUAAUCGGUCACGUCUUGAGGAAAUCGAUCGGUUGGCCGAUGAGUUCACGUGCGGAAGAGCUCAACACUACUCUUCAGCCAUAAAACAACGACAAAAUCAAAUCCACAAGAAGUGGGAGAAACUGAACCGAAUGAUGACAGAACUGGGGAAGAAUGUGGAGGGACUCACAACCGUCGAUAUGUUCAACAAUACAUGCGAUGAAACGGCCGAAUGGAUGCUCGAAAAGUUGGACAAAAUAGACGUCGGCGGCGACUUCGGCAAAGACCUCAAGACUGUUCAGGCACUCCAUCGCCGACACGACAACAUUGAGCGAGAGUUGGCGGCCGUGGAGGAGAAGUUCAAUAAAGUGAAUCUAUUGGCGGAGUCUGUCAAGAAUUCAUACCCAACUGAACGCAAUAACGUGACGAUCAGACAGAAAGAAUUGGCGGACAUAUGGGAGAGGGUUAAGGAUAAGGCCAACGAAAGGCGUGCAAAACUCGACGAAUCCCUCGGUCUCCAGGUUCUCAAGAAUUCUGCCAAUGAUUUGUUGAAUUGGAUCCGACGUGAUGUCAAACAAAGCCUAAAUAACGAUGACAUAAAUCUGGCCAAAGAUGUGGCGACAGUCGAGCACUUGAUUGAAAAACACGAAGACUUAGGCAAAGAAAUCUCCGCUCAUAACGACGAGUUCAAUGACUUAAGACUUUUGGCCAAACAAUUGAUUAAACAAAUGGGAAACGAAGAGGUUUUGCCGAUUCUUAAUGAAUUGAAUGGAGAACAAGACGCCAUUCAUAGGCGAUGGCAGGAGAAGAACAAUUGGUUGCGACAAUGCAAGGAUCUAAUGAUCUUCAAUCAAGAGGCCGACCAAUUGGACACAUUAACCAACUCUCACAUGACUUUCUUGGAGUUCAACGACUUGGGAGAGACCCUGGAGUCGGUGUAUGGGUUGCAGAAGAGACACGAGAACUUCAUCGCCACUCUCUUAGCUCAAGACGAAAGACUGCAUUUGUUCGGCGAUAUGGCCGACAAACUCAUUGACGCCAAACAUUACGAUUCGCCGAAUAUAGAGAGUCGACGCAAACAAGUGAUUGAACGCAGGCGCAAGAAGUUGUUGGAGAUAUCGCUGAAAAUGCAACACUUGUUGUCCGAAGCGACAGAAGUGGAGUCGUGGAUGAAUGAGAAGUUCAAUAUCAUGAACAGCAAUGACUUCGGCACCGAUGAGGACACAGCCAUCAAACUGCUCACCAAACAGAAGGCCAUUGAGCUCGAAGUGGACACCUAUUCGGUGAUUAUCGUUGAGAUGAGUCGUCAGUCGCGAGAGUUGUGUCAGUCGUGUAGAGUAAUGGCUGACGACGAGACCGAUGGCAACCACUCCUCUCCCGGUUCGCCAUCGGCUCAAAGCGACCUCAACUCAGACGAGAAGCUGAUUGUGAAUCGCAUGCAAGAUAUCGACCAACAGAUGAAAGCAUUGCAACGAUUGGUAAAUCAGAGACGUCUUCGACUCAUUCAAUCGAAACACUUCCACGAGUUUAUGCGAGAAAGCGAUCAGUUCUUGUCGUGGAUCUCGGAGCAGAUGGUCAGCGCCUUAUCGGAGGAUUUCGGCAAAGAUUACGAACACUUACUUAUACUUCAGUCGAAGUUCUUUGACUUUAAGCGCAAAAUACAGUCAAACGAAGAGAGAUAUCGAGCUAUUGUGGAGUCGGGCCACAAGUUGACCAAAAAGAGAUAUCGAGCUAUUGUGGAGUCGGGCCACAAGUUGACCAAAAGUGAGCCCUUGGAUGCGGUGGACCGUCGAGUGGGACAACUCGAGCACCAGUGGAACCAAUUGUUGGACGCAUUGGAGGCCAGGGAGCAGAAGCUGUCGGCCGCCCAACAGAUCCAUCGCUUCAACCGAGACGUCGCCGAAGCGCUCUCAAGAAUUAGUGACAAGUUUUCGGUCAUUAAUUCGAGUGAUUUGGGGAAAGACUUGCAUUCAGUCGAGAGUCUGAUCCGCAAACACGAGGUGUUUGAGAAUGAUUUGGUGGCACUCGAGGCGCAGCUACAGGUGCUUAUCGACGACUCGGUGCGACUUCAGGCCGCAUAUCCGGGCGGUAACGCCCAACACAUCGCCGAACAGCAGAGCAUUGUUGUCGAGCACUGGGAGGCAUUGCAACAGAAGGUGGUCAUCAGGAAAGCACAGCUCCAGCAGUCGUAUCAGUUGCAGGCAUUGGUGGCGUCGGUGCGAGACUUAGAGCACUGGGCUCUGGGUCUCGACAAACAGAUGGAAACCAUCGACAAAGUGAGAGACGCUCAGAGCGCACAACUCGCUCGAGUGGACCACCAGAGGCUCAAAGCCGAGAUCGAGGCCCGGGAACCGGUGUUCGGGUCAGUGCUCGACACGGCCCGACUCAUCGCCGGUCAGACCAACACUGAAGACCCGGACGCUCCCACUCCUCACACCACUCACUACGCCAUCCAAGAGAUCAAUCAUAUGCUCGACCGAGUGGUCCAACUGAGGGACUGUCUGCACAAGAAAUGGCAGCUCAAGAAAGUCUAUUUGGAUCAACUGAUUGACGUCCACUUCUUCAUCCGCGACUGCAAACAAUUGGAUCAAUUGAGUCAACAACAGGAGACACGACUCCAAUCGGACGACUUGGGCCUCACUGUCGAGGAAGUGGAGCAGAACCUCAAGAAACACGAGGCCUUCGAGAAAGUGGUUCAGACGCACGACGAGAAGCUGCUGUCCCUCCAGGAGUCGGGUCUUAAGCUCAUCAAACAGAACCACUUCGAGAGUGAACUCAUAAAAUCGAAAUUAGACGAAAUCAGUGGUAAACGUCUUCGGGUGAAGGAAAUGUGUUUCGUUCGCAGACAACGACUCAACGAUUCACUCGUUUUGGCGCAGUUUCGAAGAGACGCCGUCGAAGCAGACAAUUGGAUCGACUCGAAGGCCAAACAACUGGAGACCAGCAAACAGGACAUCAACUCCAGAGUUAACUCUCUGGAGGAGAAGAUCAAACAACUUCAGAAACACCAGUCCUUCCAAUUGGAACUCCAGGCCAAUGAACCCAACAUUAAGAGUAUUAAACAAAAAGCAGAUUAUCUGAUCUCGAAGUCACACGAGAAGGCUCUGGAAAUAAGAUCACAAUUGGAACAACUGAUCUACAAAUGGAAUCAAUUACUCGACGCAUCCCAAGAGAGGGGUCGUGGGCUCGAAGAGGCACAGGAUAUGCUUGAGUUUAACCAAAAUGUCGAGAAAGUCGAGUCUUGGAUCAGAGAGAAGGAGCUGAUGGUCGGCCACAACGACACCGGAGAAGACUUUGAGCACUGUUUGGCUCUUCAGCGCAAAUUAGAUGACGUCGACAGCGAUAUGCGGCGUCUCAAACAAAUCAAUCUCUUGGCCGACAAACUGCUGCGACAACACCACUCUCAGACACAGACAUCUCAAUCGCAACCCCAGUCCACUCAUAUCGACCGACGCCGUCAACAACUGAACGAUAAGUGGAAAGACUUGCAAAUCCUUAUCGACUGCUAUCGCAAUAAACUACUAAAUGCUGCAGAAGUGCAUCGAUUUAAUCGAGAUUUAUGUGAUUUGGAUCAACGAAUACAAGAAAAGUCUUUAAUCCUCGACAAUGAAGAAGAGGCGAAGAAUUUGGAAGGAGUGGAAGCACUGCAACGAAAACAAGAGGCCAUUGAAAGGGAAGUGAAUGCCAUUGAGAUUAGAUUAAAAGAUUUGGUCGAAAAUGAAGGCCGAAAAUUGAUUAACAAAUACCCGGAUAUGACGGCUAACUGUCGAAACAAAAUAAAUGAAGUUCAGGACAAUUGGAGGCAUUUAAGCAAAUUGUGUCACAUUAAGAGAAACCGAUUGUCUUCUGCCUAUACUUUACAUAAAUUUCUGGAAGAACUAAAAGAAACUGAGAUUUGGGCCAAUAAUCUGAUUAACCAUAGAAUGAAAGAAUCCCUUAAUAUUAGUAACACUAUUACAGACGUUAGAAACGAUUUACAGCUUCACGAAGACAUUAAGACUGAGAUUAUGGCGCGAAAGGAAGUGUUUCAAUACCUUAAAGAGUUUGGACACAAACUUCUGCAACAAUUGUCUCAAAACUCUUCAGACGAACAAAACGAAGACUCAAAUAAACAAUUGAUUGAAAACGGGUUAAUAAAAUUGGAUGAAUUGAGACGAUCUCUGGAUCAGGUCUGGGAGGAGAGGAAGCAUUACUUAACACAAUCACUUCAAUUGCAACUAUUCAUUGAACUUAUGAAACAAUCGGAUGACUGGCUUUCGUCCAAAGAAGCCUUUCUUAAUAACGAGGAUUUGGGCGACUCUUUAGCAGGAGUCGAGUCACUCAUCAGAAAACACGAUAACUUUGAGAAGACACUGACCACUCAACAGAGAAUUGAAGAAUUGGGCAAAUUUGCCAACGAUUUGGUCCAAACCAAUCACUUUGACUCCGAGAAUAUUCUGACGAAAUGCCGGUCAGCCGUCGCCAGAAAAGAUCGACUCUUGGAGUCAUCAAAACAGCGCAAAAACAAACUAAACGAUUCAAAACUGUUUCACAAAUUCUUGAGGAAUGUCAACGAAAUCCUCGGAUGGCUUAAUGAGAAACUGAAAGUCGCUUCUGACGAGUCAUAUCGCGAUCCCAUUAAUCUCUUAUCGAAAAUUCAAAAACACGCCGCAUUUGAGGCAGAAUUGGCCGCUAAUAAGGGGAGAGUGGAUGCGGUCGUCAACGAAGGCGAAGCACUCAUAAGUUGCGGACAUUUCAUGUCCGACGAGAUUCAAAAUCAUUUGCAGCACAUCGAGAAGUCGUGGCGUAAUCUCUUGGAUGAGACAAAUCUGAAGAAAGAGCGCCUCCAAGACGCCUAUCAGGCCCUUCAGUUCCACCGAAUGCUCGACGAUCUGGAGCUGUGGAUGAGUGACAUGGAAACAGUUCUGGCAGAUGAAGAUCACGGCAAAGAUCUGAUUAGUUCUCAAAACAUAAUGAAAAAACAUCAGUUGAUUGAAAACGAUAUCAAUAAUCACAGCGAAAACAUCGAACAAAUCAAAGACUUAACGACAGCUUUCACUCAAAACAAUCACUUCAUGAAAGAGGAGAUCGAAGAGAGGGCACAGACUGUGAUCCAUAGGUAUGAAGCCCUUCACGAACCCAUGCAAAUACGGCGCGAGAAUCUGGAAGAAGCUCUUCUACUCUUCCAAUUCAAGCGCGAUAUCGACGACGAACUCAUUUGGAUCGAAGAGAAACAGAUCCAAGUGAUGGCUACAGAACUGGGAAGCAGUCUAUUCGAUGUACAAAAGCUCAGGAAAAAGCAUCAGUCGCUCGAAGCGGAAAUCGGCGCUCGAGAGCCACUGUUGACGACAAUCAUAAGUAAAGGACACUCUUUGAUCCGAUCACAACAUUUCGCGUCCACUGAAAUCGAGGCACUGAUUAGUGAACUGCAGAACAAAAUCCAAACCCUUAAAGACGGCGCAGCUAUUCGUCGACUAAGACUAUUAGAUGCCAUUGAAUCCCAACAGUUCUAUUCAGAUGUAUUGGAAGCAGAGCACUGGUGGUCCGAGAGAAUGCCAUUCCUCGAGAGUGAAGAGAUCGGAAGGGACGAGGAGUCGAUUGUGUCUUUGAACAAAAAACUGGAUCUAAUAAAACGCGAUUCCGAGCGAUUCGUGUCAACAAAUUUGUCGAAAACAUAUCAAUUGGGAAACGCUUUGAUCGAAAGAAAUCAUUUCGAUUCUCAAUCAAUUCAAUCAAAGAUCUCUGAAUUAGAGCUUAAAUUCCAUCGUUUGAAUGAAUUGUGUGCUAAAAAAGCUCUGAAAUUAUCAGAAAAUCGAAAACAUUUUUCAUUCAUCAGAGAUGCGGACGAACUCCUUAUUUGGAUCAGAGAGCAGAUGAUUAUCGCCUGUUCUGAAGACUAUGGCCAAGACGUCGAACACGUGGAGCUUCUGAUCCAAAGAUUCGACAAUUUUAUUAUAAAUCUCAAUUCAAACGAAGAGAGAAUUAUUUCUUUGCGCUCUUCAGCCGAAGAACUCGAAGAGAAUAAUGCAAAACUGAAUCACGUGUUAAUGGCUUGGAAUGAGUUGAAAGACACGGCUCAGUCACGACAGGAUGCACUUCACGGCGCCAAACAGGUCCACACUUUCGACAGAAGUGCUGACGAGACAAUCGCUUGGAUUCAUGAGAAGGAUUCGAGCACUGCUUUGGAUGAGUCCUACACUCCUGAUGACGAUUUGCAGUCAAUUCAGGCCAUGAUUCGGUCUCACGAAGGCUUUGAACGUGAUUUGGCGGCCGUCAGAGAACAAGUCGAGGCCUUACUCGAAGAGGCAAAACGGUUGGCCUCUCUCUUCCCCGACGCGAGUGAACACAUCUUUGCGAAGAACGAUGAGGUGAGAGAGUCUUGGAAUGAAUUGCUUCAGAGAUCGGCCCAAAGAAGACAUCACUUAUUAGAGACGGAAACACUUCAAACAUAUUUCGAUGAAUAUCGAGAACUAAUGGCUUCUAUUAAUGAGAUGAUUGCUCUGAUCACUGCUGAGGACGAGUUGGCGAAUCAGGACGUCAUCAGUGCUGAGACACAACUAAAUCGACACAAAGAAUAUAAGACAGAAAUUGAUGCCCGAAAUGACUCUUUCGUUAAGUGUGCAAAAGAGGGCGAAAUAAUCAUAGAAUCGGGACAUUUCAUGGCAGGAGAAGUGCGCGAAAGGAUAGAUCGCCUGAACGGCGCCCACAAGAACCUCAUCGAUAUCUGGAAUAAGAGACGAGUGAUAUUUGAGCACAACUUAGACGCCCAACAGUUCAAACACGACGCCCAACAACUCGAACGAUGGAUCGCUUCGCGAGAAAAUAUGAUAAGUGACGACAAUUUAGGCGAUUCCAUAGCAGAUGUCGAGGACUUGAUUCGCAAACACGAAGACUUCGAGAAAGCGAUUAUAGCUCAGGAGGAGAAAGUGAAAGCAAUUCAGAGGUUAACUCUUAUUGAGGAUGACUUCAGACAUCAGAAACAAGAAGAGGAGCGCAUGAAAAGGGUGGACAUCGCCAGAAGGGAACACGAGAGGGUCCAACAGAUCAAACAAAGGGAACAAAUGAGGAUUUUGGACGAACGCAGACACGAAGACAAUGAGUUCUACGACAGAGACAAUGGAGAAGGAGUUCGCAAAUCUAGUCAUGAAAUUGAUGUCAAUUCUAAAGGUUUGGUUAAAAGAAUGGAAAAUCUUUUGGCGCCGAAAGCCAUCAAAAGAGCCGAAAGCGUCAAAUUUGCGUCACCGAAGAGGACUCCAAGUUUCACCACAAGAAGAAGGAGUUUUAGAUCUACUAAAACGGUUAGUGUAGAGCCGGAUCAGUUGCCACCCGUUGAAUGCGAAGGACUUCUGGAUCGCAAACAAGAACUACAAACUGGAGGAAAGCGAGCGACAGUCCGCUCGUGGAAAACAUAUUAUACGGUCCUUUGCGGACAACUGUUGUGUUUCUUCAAGGAUAAGGACAGCUUCUUCGGCAAUCAGGCCUCUGCGCCGCCCUUCUCAGUGUUGGGCGCAAAGUGUGUCCGCGCACACGAUUACACCAAACGGAAACAUGUCUUUAGACUGCAAUUAAGCGAUGGAUCGGAAUAUCUGUUUACAAACAACGAUGAAAACCGAAUGCAGGAAUGGCUCAACAAAAUCGCUUUUCACGCCUCACUUCCACCGGCGAUGCAAUUACUUAGUUAUGACGCCCAUAAGGACGCCUCCAUCUAUAGCGCCGGCACAUCACCGACCAAACCAGACAACAGUGACACCCAAUCGUCUCCUCAAUCCAAUACAGUCUCCAAAUACGAUACUUCGAGUCAAAGUUCUUCUUCUCCAGAACUGAGCAGAAAGUCUUCGGUUUCAUCGAACCCAAUGGGAUCAACACCAGUGGCUCCUCGACCAUCACUCCCAUUGCCAACGAAUGUGUUUCCAUCAGUUCCACCUCCCGAUGCAAUCAACAAAAGGCCGGCACCGCCUCUGCCGCCCCCGAGGACUACAAACACACAGAAGUCUUUUCCCGAGGAAUUUGAAUCGAUGCCAAAUCUUGAGUUUCCUCCACAACAACGACCCAUAAGCGAUGGAUACGAUCAUCGCAUCGAUGAAAUGGAUCACCAAAGAAGGAAUAAUAAUAACUUCAGACAAAGUUUUCCUCAGAGAGAGGCCUCCCAUACGACACAUACGAACGGAAAUCACAACAACGGCCACAACAACGAGAUGGUCGUCAACUCAUUCAACCCCUUUAGCGCACACCUAAUGCCCGGCUUAUCACAGAUACCACACAUACCACAGAAUACCGCUUAUAAUGCAUACCCUAUCCGAGCGCCUUAUAAUCAUAUGUUGCCUCCAAAACCAGUUCCAUAUCCAAUGUAUGCAACCUUUCCCACCACUCAUGAGACCGAUUCAGAAUCCGAAGAAUGGCUUUCGCAUCACUUAGACCUCCGAUACGCCCAAACGACAUACCAGAACAUUCCUGUGGCCCGACAUAUGAGUCUUCCACCGAAUAGCCGACAAACCAAUCAAUUAGAGCCCACGUACUCGAGUGGCAAGAAUUCAAUGACAAACAUAACCACUUCCAGUGAGGAAGAGAUUUCAAACUCCAACCCAAACAAGAAUAACCCGAAGAAGAAGGGAGUCAUGAGUUUCUUCAAAAGGAAAUAAGUUUCGAUAUUUUUGUUACAUUUCGUCCGUCAA